CUUACCCCUCUGCUUCUGUCAGAAAGACCUCUGAGUAUUUUUUACCCCAACCAAAUUAAGAAAAUACCAAUAAUGAAAAUCCUCUGAGAAUGGCGGACCAUCCUAAUGAAUCUACUGCUACCUUCCCCCCGUACCCUUUUCACCUUAUUGCCUUUGCUGUUAAUAGCCCACCCACUCCUCCCCAGCAGAUUUGCUUUGCUUCCCCCUUCAAAAGGCUAAGCUAACUAGCUAGCUCACUCCAUUUCCCACUCUUUCUUCGCCUGUUCUUCUUCUUCCUUUCUCUCCGAUGGCUGCCGCGCUGGAAUGCUGGUCGAGCCGGGGGAGCACCGACGAGGACUUGGUGGAGCAGGUUCUGAUGCGGUCCCACGACAGAUCGGAGGCGGGCUCGGCCGGCGUCGCCGAUCACGAGAGGGACUCCUCCGCCGCCGCCUCAUCGGAUAAGAGGAAGCGGUUCCAGAGGCUGAGCAGGAACGUCUCCGAGGCCAUUACCUCGCUUAAGAACACCCUCAACCUCGAUUCCAUCAGGGACGGGAACUCGUUUUUGAUGAAUCAGCAGCAGCAGCAGCAGCAGGGGAUUAGUGGUGGUGGUAAAGGGAAGGGUGAGAGUUGCCGGAAAGUUGUGUGGGCUACCGUCGUACGGAAUCUCACCCAGUUGUACCCAGGGAGUCAGCUGCCGGAGAAGCUCGUUUCCAAUAUUAAGAAGCAUUACGAUUCCUUGCCUUUGAGUUACUCACAGGCGGAAUUUGAUAUGAAAGAGGUGUUUCUACACAUGAAGUUGAUCGAGCAGGCAUUGGCGGAUGAUCAUCCUGCAAUCAUGCUCCAUGAGAUUUCUGACGAUGAGGUACAUGGUUCUGUAUUCAAGCUCACAUUUGCCUUGCAAUUCAUCGAUUUCGUGGCCUGCGAUGUCCGGUGCAUUGGACAGUGCUUCCAUAUGUUGCAAGAAGAUACAGAUCUUUGAAAAAAAGGGGUUUACUUUAGGGUCAUUCUUCUUUUGGUUCAAGCUGGUCAAGAGAAAUUGUUCAAAACCCGAAUCGAGAGUGCUCUAAAAUUCGCGGCAAAGAAGCCUAAAUCAGCAACGGUGAAGCUCCCCUUUGGGCUUUGCGGGUGCCAGGAAGAGAAUUCAAAAGGGAGAGACUUUGGCGAGAUUGAAGAGGAUCCCUGUGAUCUAAGUUACAGAAAUGGAAUUGAGAACGUAGGAAAAUUGUCAAGAUUCAACAUUGACAUGCCCUUGCCUAGUUCAUCUUUUGUUGUUUCAGUGAUGAAUGGCAAACGAUCCAAUCAGGUGGUGAUGAGCUUGGAAAAUGGCUUCUGAAUUCUGAUAAUCUCGAGUUCACUGACCAGGUUGGACCGACCUCUUUUAAGGGAGUGUUCAAGGGGCAAAAGGGUUAGAAUUGAGAAGCUAAAAGGGUGUGAAAAGGGAACUCGUAUCAGUUUUGAGCUGCGAAAUGAUCUACUGAAGCUAAUGACUUGUGGCAUAAGAAUAUUCUGCAGUUUCAUGGUGUUUGUGUUGAUGAAAAUCAUGGAUUGUGUGUGGUGACGAAACUGAUGGAAGGUGGUUCUGUAAUGAACUCAUGUUUAGGAAUAGAAAAGCUCCAAGCUAAAGACAUGUUUAGGAUUGCUGUGGAUGUAGCAGAAGGGCUUAAAUUCUUGAAUGAUCAUGGAGUGGCUUAUAGAGAUCUGAACACUCAAAGAAUUUUGUUGGAUAAACAUGGGAAUGCUUGCUUGGCGGACAUGUGUAUUGUGGCUGCCUGCAAGGAUAGUGGGUGAGGUUCUGGAGUAUGAAACUGAUGGUUACCGCUGGCUAGCCCCUGAGAUCAUAGCAGGCGACCCAGAGUCUGUUGCUGAGACAUCGAUGAGCAAUGCGUAUAGUUUUGGAAUGGUGAUUUGGGAAAUGGUUACCGGUGAGGCUGCCUACGGCUCAUAUUCCCCUGUGCAGGCUGCAGUUGGCAUAGCUGCAUGCGGCCUUAGGCCUGAGAUCCCAAAGGACUGCCCACAAAUUCUCAAGUCUCUGAUGAUCAAGUGCUGGAACAAUGUCCCGUCUAAGCGGCCUCAGUUCAGUGAAAUUCUCUCAAUUUUGCUCAACACGUGUAGGUAAAAAGUUCAUCAGAACAAAUAUAUAGUGUAGUUAUUAUGAUAAAGACUUGGUGUAGAGAAUAUCCCCUUAUCAGAUAGGUGAAUGCCAUGCAUGCAUGACUUAAGAUUUUCAAAAGUUGUUUACACAGAAGAAAAUGAAGGUAGAUGGUCUUCUGGUUGUUUGUCCUCCCCCAUAUAUCACGGGAAAGGAAGGGGGAAAAAGCUUAUAAGUUGUCACGUAUGUUUUCACUUUAGUGUGUCUGCAGCUAUGAUGUAUGUAUCUAACAUGGCGGCAACUUUAAGUGGGGAGUAUCAAGUUUCCUAGUCAUUCUUACAAGAGGCUGGGGUUAUUAGUUUGGCAUAAAGAGGGUGGAAAACAUGUAAAGCAAGAGACUUGGUGGUGCUGUGGUGGGCCUUUUGGGCUUGUCUUGUGCCUUAGCAAAGGGAACAGAAAUCUGGCCCUUCUUUGUCUUUUGGUCUAAUGGGAAAUGGAAAUUAACAUCAUCUGUAACUUCCUUUUUGCCAUCCAAUUCUGGUUCAACUUUCAACAUCAGCAUCACCUUUUGCUUUCCAUUUUCACUCUUUUGUCUUUAGGGUUUGGAAGUAUGGAUAUAAUUCUUGAUUCCUCUUUUGUCUGUGGAUUUUCCCAUGAGGUCCUACUUUGGUAGGUAGCAUGGUUCCUUCAGCUGCUACUGACUGAUUGAUGUAUCCUACGUGUUCAUUGUUCAUCACUUGAGAGAGUUUCUGUUAUAUAUUGCUUCUUCUGC